AAAUAAAACGCUAAUUUUGAAGAUGCUGCGCCCUCUACUGUCAUUAUUGUAUAACGCAUUCUCUCAUUUACGUAUCUGAAUCCGGAUAUCAAGUGUUCGUAACUUACCCAGAUGGAAAUGGAGGUGCGUGUUGCAGUUGUUUUGGCUGCUCUGUCAACGUUUUCGUACUGUAGCUCUGCCGCAAAGCUCAUAACUUCUCAGUCUUCAGUUCCUGCCACAGAGAAUGGAGAGGCCACAUUUAAUGUGUCAAUUGAUCCGGACAAUCAAACGGCAUUCAUUGGAAUCUGGACAUUUGGUUCCCAAACUGUUGUGAACUGGGUGGGCACAACUAUCAUUUAUAGAGAAUACUAUGGUGGAAGAGUACUGCUGACUCCUGCUACUGGCACUCUGAAGUUUGAUAAAGUGUUUCUUAAUGACUCCGGAGAGUACACAUUGGUGAUUACAACGGCUCCAUCUUCCUUCAAUCUAAAUGGGAAAGUUCAGUUAAAGGUUGAGCCCGAGUCGGUUUCUGUACCCACAAUCCAGUCCAAUGUGACUAAUCCUGUAGAGUUCAAUGACACAGUGACUUUGACCUGCACAGCCUCUGGCUCAGACGUCUCUUAUCGGUGGUUCAAUGGCAGCUCAGAGGUGUCAGACACUCAGAGGAUUCACUUGAGUGCUGAUAACAGAACUCUAACGAUAUCAGGCGUGUUGAGAUCAGAUGAUGGGCGCUUCUACUGUUACGUGUAUAACCAUGUCAGUAAUGGCACCAGCAAGCCCUUUAGCCUUGAUGUAAAAUAUGGACCGGACUUGCCCAUUUUAUCUGUCAGUCCUUUCAAACCAGUCUAUUCUGCUGGAUCUUCCCUUAUUUUACAAUGCUCAGCACAGUCCAGUCCUACUGCUCAGUAUCAGUGGUUCUUAAAUGGAACUUCUCUUAACAAAAGAAACCAGCAGCUAGAAAUAAGCAACAUUCAGAUGGAUGAUGCGGGUAACUACACAUGUUGGGCUUUUAAUAAGGUUACGCUCAGGUAUGCUGCUGCCCAGAAAGUGAUUGAUGUCAUAGCAAAGAGAGACAGAGAUCUGUCAGCAGGAGCUAUUGCGGGUAUUACUAUCGGCGUCAUUUUGUUUGUAGCCAUUAUAAUAGCUUUGAUUGUCAUUUUCUGGUAAGUUUUUUUUUUAUUUA